AAAUAAAUAAAUAAAUAUCUCGGUUCCCAAUUCAACCCCUGAAAUUCCUCGAAUUUCCUCGACCCCUUAAAAUACUGGGCUUCUCUUUGCUUUCUAUAUCCACCAUCACCAUCACACAUAACCAUAACCAUCACCAUUUCUUUCUUUUCUCUUGCUUAAAGAAAAAGAAAGAAAUGCUGCGUAGAAUGGUGAUGUUGAACAAGAAAAAGAAAACUGGGACCGUUCCAGUUUACUUAAAUGUUUAUGAUUUGACGACGAUUAAUGGUUACGCUUACUGGGUUGGUCUCGGGAUCUACCAUUCCGGUGUACAAGUUCACGGUGUGGAAUAUGGUUUUGGAGCACAUGAUCAUCCGACAACGGGGAUUUUUGAGGUUGAGCCGAAGCAAUGCCCGGGAUUUAUGUUUAGGAAAUCAAUAUUGAUUGGAAGAACUGAUUUGGGUCCUAAAGAAGUUCGGGUGUUCAUGGAGAAAUUAGCUCAGGAGUUUCCUGGGAAUACUUACCAUCUUAUCACUAAGAACUGCAAUCACUUCUGUAAUGAUGUGUGCCUCAAGUUGACUGGGAAAAAAAUUCCACGAUGGGUUAAUCGUCUUGCUCGUAUUGGUUUUCUUUGCAACUGUGUUCUUCCAGUAGAGUUGAAUCAAACAAAAAUCCGCCAAGUUAGAUCCGAUGAUAUUGUACAAGAGAAGAAGAAAUUGAGAAGCCGUUCGACUAGGUUCACAUCUUCUUCUAAUCCGGUAACUUCCCAUUCAUUGACAGCUUGCCCUUCAAGUUCUGGAAGCAGAAGUGGUAGACAGAGGCGUUUUAUUCCUCUGACUUCAAGAUCUUUUGUUCAUGAUGACUCUACGUCCUUGUCAUGGAGCUUGAAGGCUUAAUGAAUACAUUACGUUUUGAAACAUUUUAGAGUCUUAGACUUAAAAAAAAAAAAUCAACUACAGAUGGGCAAAUGCAAAGCUUGUAUUCUGCCCCAUGUUACCUGGUUUUUGUGGUUUCUGAAACAUCUGCUUCAAAGUUGUUGCAGAGUUUCUGUUUUCUGUAAAAAUGAUUACUGUUUUUAAUGAAUGCGAAGUCAUGAUUUCCUGUAAAAGCUAGUCACUGAAAUUGUU